AUGGCUAAGAACCUCAGUAUUAGAAAAGGAAACACACUUGGCACUUGCCACUUGGUGGAAGAAAUUCUUGGUGAAGGCAGCUUUGGUGUUGUGGCAAAAUGCCGCAAUACAGAGACCCAGAAGUCAGUUGCCGUCAAAGUCAACAAGGGCCAGGAAGGCGUUCUGCAACAGGCCAUCAGUGAAAUUGCCGUCCUGAAGCGGAUGCGGUGUCUGGAUCGUGACAUCUGCAACGUCGUCCAAUGGGACGGAUUUUUCUUUGACAAAGAAAAUAUCUGCAUCACCUUUGAGCUACUUGAUAUGAGCCUCCGCGAUUACAUGAAGGAGCAGGACAGGGGCUUUACCGUUGGAGAGCUGAAGCCGAUAUUAUAUCAGCUGGCCACAGCUCUCGCCAGCCUGCACUCCAUUGGUAUCACACACAUGGACUUAAAACCUGAUAACAUCAUGGUUGACCGCAGUCAUCAACAAUUGAAAGUCAAACUUAUUGACUUUGGCCUGGCACGUCCAGUGUCAGCACUACACCAAGGUGACUGUAUAGGGACACUCUUUUACUGUGCUCCAGAAAUGUUACUGGGAGUACCCUUCGAUGAGUCCAUUGAUAUUUGGGCUCUGGGUCAAGUGAUGGCAGAGCUGGCCAUGGGGUGCUGGCUGUACCCGGGCGAUACGCAUUACGAUAUGCUCAGAUAUAUCGUAGAAACCCAAGGCCAGCCACCGGAUGACCUCCUGGACAAUGGGUGGUACACUAGUGAUUAUUUCUAUCCCCAAGACAACAGCGGCUCACGCUGGACAUUCAAGACUCCAGAGGAUGUUUAUCAUGAACAUGGAUUCUGUGCGUCCGAGACCAGGAGUGUCACACUCAAAUCUCUGGAUGAAAUAGAGCAAAACAUGAAGCAGGACGCUGACCACCACAGGGAUCAGAAGAUGUUCAUUAGCUUGAUCAAAAGCAUGCUGACCCUUGAUGUGUCCAACCGGAUCAAUGCUCAACAGGUUCUGGACCAUGAAUUUUUUGCUGCCAGCAUCCCUCAGAGCCCAUCAAGAGAUGCUGGGACUCAAUUAACACACAUAGACAACCAACAACAUGGAAGUUUCAACGUCCAACAUUCAGUUCCCUCCCGGGCUGCUGUUUCGUUGGAGGAACAUGUCAACUUGAACUUCCAACAUCCAGUUCUCACAUCGUGGCAGGAAUCUGAAGACUUCAGUGUCCAAUUACCAACUACACCCAUGGCUGUUACAUCACCCAAAAACUGUGUGGAUACCGGCCUACCUAAAAUCUCUGGCAUCGAAAUGAUACCCACAGGAGAUGCUGACGUCAAAAUAACCCACACAGAUGAAGUCCUUCAUCCAACUCUCUCCUCGACUGCGACAUCAUUGGAGCAGAGCUCAGAGGCCGACACUAGAACUGAGGUCAAGACAAAGAAGAAGAGCUUGUGGAAACGCAUCAAGAGAAGAAUUACAAAGGCUUUCCACAAAUACAUCUUGUGUGGAUCAGUAAGCCCUUCUCCAACUUCUCCACCCUGA